UCUGAACUUAUACGUACAAAUAUCGUGUUUAUUAAGGAAAAUUGAGCAGAAAUGCGAAGGAAAGCGCUCGUAAUAUCGUUACUUGGGUGCAUUUUAGAAACCGUUCUUGGACAUGUGGCCUUAACGUUUCCUCCGGCUAGGAAAUACAACCUCGAUUUUCUGGAUAAUGGAAGAACAAGAUCUCCUUGUGGCAUGCCUAAAGGCGAUAUUGUUACGUCACUACCUUCAGGUGCAUCAGUCAACGUGACAUGGCAUCUCGCCUAUCCUCACAAGGGAGGAUUUAAGUUGGAAUUACUGGACCAGAAUGAGCGCCCUCUAAAAGAUUUAACUCCGACAACCGAAGAAACCAAUUAUAUUGGUUCAGAAGAUUCAACGGCUCAAGGUUAUACGGUCAUGCUUCCCAAAACGUUGACUUGUAAAGGUUGUACGAUACGUUUGUUACGUCAGGCUCGAGAAUGGGGCAGUCGAUAUUUGUUCUGGAGCUGUGCCGACGUUGACGUAGUUCCAGAAUCGGAAUUCAGUGCAGUGUGUUCUGGUCAUGGAAAACUUGAAGAGGAACGCUGUGUUUGUGACCGACUUUACUCUGGAAACGAAACUGAAGAACUUGAAGCUGUACUCAGAGUAAAUGGUACUAGUUUCGUGGCUCUCGGAUGGAGACCUAUGGGAAUAAAAAGUGGUUGUAAGGCGUUUCCUUUUGUUAGCAAUCAUCGAGCAUCUGAAGCAGGAAGGAAAACAGACGUUGUAAAUCUGGAGGAUGGAAGAACAACAACUAAAGAUAAUAAAUGGGUUCUCCAGUUUGGUACUGAAGAAACACACAAGAGCGACGUAAAUGAACCUGUAGCAGAAGAAAUCCCUAAAUCAACAUCUAGAAUGGAAGAGAUAGUCGAGACAAAUACACGUGGAGCUCAGAAAACUCAAGACAGAACAGACCAGGACACAGCUAAAGGCAUGAAACCUUCAGAUACAGAGACUGAAGAUAUAAAAACCGAGAAAGUUCCUGUUGCACCGACAGUUACCUCAAAAUAUUCUCCAGAAAUAUAUGACUUUGUUGACCGCACGAGGCUUAGAAUAGGAGAUCCUCCUAUAUACCCCUUAUCAACAAAAGCCUUUGGCGGAUCACCUUAUUACUUCUCACCUUCACAACUGUCGUUCAGUGAUCAGUCUUUUGGUUUCCCAACAUCCAGAAACUUCGCUCAUCAACCAUCAAAGAACGUGAAACAUAUUUUUGAUAGCAAUGGUAACGUAAUAGGCAUCACACUUUCAGAAACCCCAGGCACACAUAGUCUUUAUUCUGGAGGUAAGUUCAGACAGGAGGCUGGACAUCCCUUUGAAUCCAUUUUCAACGCACGCAGUUUUUCUCCUGGUGGUCGCUUCAUACGGGAAGUUAAACAGCCGUUUGAAUCCGGGGCAUCUGUAGAGCCAGAAGUUUCGGCAGAACCUUCAAAGUCAAAUCAGUCUGAAAGCUCUAAUGCGUAUCCCCAGGUAACCGCAUACACCCCUCGUCACGACUUCCAUCCUAUGGACUGCACAGAUAUUGUAAUCGGAGUCGUUCGGGAAGGAGCUAAUCGUAUUUUAGACUAUUACACUCGUGACAGGUCAACACCACGAGUUGACUCUUAUUAUGGUGGAACAGACGACUUAACUGCUGCAGUAGGUGAAGAAGAGAAUGGCGUAACCACCAUUUUGUUCCGGAAAAAAUUAAAAGCAAAAGAACUCACUGACCACACCAUAGAGAACAGUUUAAUGAACGUCAUCUGGGCCAGAGGUCAAGAACCUGGAAUGUAUAUCCACCGACCUAAAACAGGGCUUGAAAGUGGAAAUGCAAAGAUAAAAGAUUUCUACCGGCCUGAUGAACUGAAAUAUCACGGACACGGAGAGCAGCGAGGGAAGACUACCAUGAAUUUCUUUGAUGCAACUAACCAGAUUUCCGCAGCGAUUGUUACAUCCUCUAGUGGCGAAUGGAAGUAUCCUCAUGGCUGUGGAGAGCAGAGUUGUCAGUACCACGUGAAGUGGGAACUUGAAGAGGACACUGAUGACAUGCGCUUCGUAAUUCAAAGUUCAAACAGCGAUAAAUGGACAGGGAUUGGUUUCUCGAAAAAUCCUAAAAUGCCCAAUAGUGAUGCUGUGAUAGGUUGGAUAAACGGGAUCGGCCAAGUCACCGUCAUUGACGUCUGGUUAACUGGUUACGAACACCCACAGUAUGACGACAGCCAGGAUAUCCAUAACAUAUCCGGUGAGGUUAAUGAUGGAAAGGUAACGCUACGUUUUAGUCGAAAACGAAAAACAGGAGAUCACACCCAAGAUAUCGAGUUCACUGCAACGGACGGUUUAUAUUUUUUCUUUCCCGUAAAAGGUGGAAAAUUUGACGGCAGUAACCGCAAGAUUGGGUUCCAUGAGCAAAUACCUGUGGUGUCUAGUCAAAAGUUUUAUGUUGGUCAUAAUCGGGAACGGGAAGCUGCAAAAGCUAAACUAGACUCUGUGAACGAAGCAGAUACUAAAUCGGAACCUGAACCGACCAGUGAACCUGAUGUAAAAUCGGAACCUGAACCGACCAGUGAACCUGAUGUAAAAUCGGAACCUGAACCCACUAGUGAACCUGAUGUAAAAUCGGAACCUGAACCCACUAGUGAACCUGAUGUAAAAUCGGAACCUGAACCGACCAGUGAACCUGAUGUAAAAUCACAACCUAUCAGUGAAGGAGAUCUAAAAUCGAAACCUGGACCAACUAGUGAAUCAGAUUUAAAAUCCGAAUCAAUAACCACUAGUGAACCUGAUGCAAAAUCGGAACCUGGACCAACUAGUGAAUCAGGUGUGAAAUCCGAACCUGAACACACCAGUGAAGUUAAUGUCAAAUGGGAACUAGAAACAAUCGUAGAACCAGUUGUAAAAUCGGGAUCUGAAACUAGCAGUGUGUCUGAUGCAGAAUCAGGUCCUGAACCCACCAGUGAAUCUGAUGUAAAACGGGAACCUGAACCCACCAGUGAAAUAACUGUAAAACAAAACAUGGAAUCCGCCAGCGAAGCAGAUGUAAAGCCAAAGAUGAAAACCACCAGUGAAGGAAAUGUAAAAUUAGACACAGAAUCCACCAGCGAAGCAGAUGUAAAGUCAAACAUGGAAACCACCAGUAAAGGAGAUGUAAAAUUAGACACAGAAUCCACCAGCGAAGCAGAUGUAAAGUCAAAGAUGAAAACCACCAGUGAAGUAAAUGUAAAAUUAGACACAGAAUCCACCAGCGAAGCAGAUGUAAAGUCAAAGAUGAAAACCACCAGUGAAGGAAAUGUAAAAUUAGACACAGAAUCCACCAGCGAAGCAGAUGUAAAGUCAAAGAUGAAAACCACCAAUGAAGGAGAUGUAAAAUUAGACACAGAAUCCACCAGCGAAGCAGAUGUAAAAUCAAACACGGAAACCACCAGUGAAGCGAAUAUAACGUUAGAACCUAAACAAUCAGAAGAUGAGCCCACUACUCCGUUUUUCUCUACCCCUGAGUCUGGAAUUAAGGCCGAAGUAAAGGCAGAAGAAAGUACGGAUGUACCCUUGUCAUCGACAUCUGGUUCCUCUCAGGCUUCUGGUUCAAACACAACUACCGAAAUCAUUACCAGGAUCUCUGUAUCUACGUCCACCGUCAUCGUCCACCUCAAGGCGGAGUACAGCGUGAAAUUCAAAGUGCCACGAGCUUGGAAGAAUGACUUAGCAAAGGAAGACUCGAAAGAAUACCGCAAAUUUAAGGAAAAACUUUUAAACGAUAUCUCCUCGGAACUGACGACUCUUGAAGGAUUUCAGAAGGUUAAAGCUGUUGAUUUGAAAAGCACCAAGACAGAAAACAAUACUGUCCUGGUGACCAUGAUGAUCAUCGUUCUCGAAACAAGGCCACGUGAAGGUACCACACUGACUGAUGCCGAUUUCAUUGCCCACCAUAUGUCAGCUUUAACUACCAAGCUAAACCAAACCGUCAGUCGAGGGUACGUUGGUGACUUGCAGGUUGAUCCAGCGUAUCUUGUAAUCCAGCCUUCUUCUGUAGUGGAAGUUGGACCAGAUGGCGAAGAAGGGACAAAAUCUAGCGAAGACAUUACUGUUUACAUAAUCGUUGGUGGUAUCGCAGCACUAGUUCUGCUAGUGGCGGUACAGGCCAUCUUCAUGGUUUGCAGAAGCAGAAAACGCAAAGGAUUAAUGAAGACCAGUAUACCUAAGGAUUGCGAGUGUUCCGGUUGUAAAGGAAAGCAUCGGAAAUGUUACCGGAUGUAAAUUUCUCUUCCCACUGGAUUUCACUUUUGUCACUGCAUUGUGCCAUUUUCUGUACUGAACUUGUAUUUCUCAAAACGUGCAACCACAUUCUGGUAGGACUUGAUAUUUCUCUGUAACUUGUAUUCUUGUUUGGUAUAUAAUUUUUCUCAAUUAUUUAUAUAUUCUUCGAUUCCUUUCCAAGUUCUGCAUUCAAAAUUUUUAGCCUAUAAAAUUUAGAGGACGUUAUUUCUGUUGAUGUAUUAGGGUUAGUUAUUGUUCAAUGAAGAACACGUGAAAAGAAGCCCUUAUUAAGUUAUUUGCUUCAGACAAGGAUACGUUUAGACAGAGUUUAUGAAAAGAAGACAACUACUCGAUACUAAGUACGUAACGAUAACAAGAAUAAAGUGAUGAUUUAAUUACUAUGUAAUUGUGCUUCAUUACAAAAACAACAACCCCUUUUCACACAAAAACAUAUAAGCAAAACAACUGCUGACUUGUAUCGAUUGGGCCUUAUUGAAAAACGCUGUUCUGCUGCCUAAAGCUAUACAAGACUGAUACAGUGAUAAUUUAAUCAGUAUAUUAAUAGAUCAACUUCGAAAGUCCAAUCAGGGACAAGGAUUAUUGUCAGAGAAAAUGUUAUCGUAUUUGGUAUAAUAAAAAACUUUGCGACGAUCAAGAAACAGUAUAUAAUUUGGGAAACAAGCAUAGGACGUGUUCAGAAUGACACCAAGAUUAGGAUAAGUAAUUUAUGCUGUCUUUCUGUUCCAUAGUGCAAGAAUGAUCCAAAAGUAAGCAGCGUUUAUAUUUUAAAUUUUUGCAAAUACAUGAAGAAUAAUUAAACGUCGUGAAAACUUAUUAACAAAUGCAUUAAAUUUUUUACCUAAAAUCUGAGACAGCUUUCUUGCAAUGUGACCGAUAUAAACGUGUAAUAAUCUCUUGAUUAGUGAAUAACUUGUCCAUUCCAAUCAAACAAUAUUUUUAUCCAUGGUUUGAAAAUAAUUCAUCCAUUUUAUAGUUUGCAUAAUGUACGUCAAAGGUCACUGUUAUCAACUGAAUACUUUAAAUUUGCAAAAUAAAACCCAUCAACUUUAUGUUAAAAUGAGUUUCCUACGUAUAAUUUUAUUUACUUUUCUUGAGUUUUCGUGUUCUAAUUAUUUUAUUUAAACAAGUGUUCGAAUUGGGAGGGGGAGGCAUUUCCCUUGUCAUUGGAAAAGAAAAAUGAACCUCACUGUC